GUUGAUUAGUAUAAAGUCGCAAUUAUUUUUUAUACGUAAAGUUUUUAUAUAAAUGUUAUACCAACCAAAUCAGGCACGGGUUUAAAAUGUUCGUGAAAAAAAUGGUCCUAUAAAUUCUGAACGUGAACAUCAUCAACAUUUGCAAACAUUUAUUGGUAAGCCAGCGCCAAAAUUUCUUACAGUUGCUAUAUUCGGAGAUAAAUUUAUUCAAAUUAAUUCUUCUUAUCAUGCAGGAAAAUAUCUUGUUCUUUUCUUUUACCCUUUAGACUUCACUUUUGUAUGCCCAACUGAAAUACUUGCAUUUAGUGAUAGAUUUAUGGAAUUUGAAAAUUUAGAUACAAAAAUAAUUGCAUGCUCAGUUGAUUCAGCUUAUACUCAUUAUGCAUGUAUAAAAAUUCCUAGAAAGGAUGGUGGUCUUGGAAAAAUUAAUAUUCCACUAAUGUCAGACUUAAAUCACAACAUAUCUAAAUCAUAUGGAGUUUAUUCCAAAGAAUUAGGACAUACAUAUAGGGGUUUGUUCAUAAUUGAUCCACAAGGUAUAUUGAGGCAAAUAUCAAUAAAUGAUCUGCCAGUUGGUAGAUCAGUUGAAGAAACGUUGAGACUUUUGCAAGCCAUUCAACAUGCUGAUAAAUAUAGGGAAGUAAGUCCAGCUGAUUGGAAACCAGGAGAUAUAUCGAUGGGAACAAAAAGGCAUGUAAAAUCCGAGGAAAAUAUUACAUUUAUGAACAAUCAACAAAUAGAUCAUAAUGAAAAUAAAAUGUUAUUUAUUAUAAUAAUUAUAAUGAUAUUAAUUUGUCUUUGCUGAUUUUGGAUUUAUAAUUUCUGGUCAGUGUUUACGACAAUAG